AUGAAAGGAAAUGGCACGGAUAUCAUCAACACGUGUGAAUUGCACAAUGAUAGGGAAAGCAGAGAGGAGAUUCGUUUCAGUGAUAUAAGUGGCCAAUCAAAGAAUACAAAUGAUGCGUUCGGCCAAGUACACUCGUCCCUUAAUGAUGAGGAUAAUGGAUAUUACAACACAGUCCAGGUUAAUACAAACAUAACUAUUGAGGAUUUUCCAGAUGUGAUUAAGGAAAAGAGUGACCUGGAGAACAAACAGUUUCUUGCAGAGUAUAGGAGGCUUCCAUCAUCAAACAUCAAUGUUUGUGAAGCAGCAAGAAAGACAGAAAAUAUUGCAAAAAAUCGCUUUAAAGCAACAUUUCCAUAUGAGCAUUCUAGAGUUAUACUUAAAGAGAAAUGGAAGGAUUCAGACAACGACUAUAUUAAUGCAAAUUACAUAAAGGAUAACAAAGGGGAUGCUGCAUAUAUCGCUGCACAAGGUCCGAAAAACAACACAUUAACAGAUUUCUGGAGAAUGAUUUGGCAAGAAAAAGUAAAAGAUAUCGUCAUGUUGACAAACUUAGUAGAGAAUGGAAAGAACAAGUGUACACAGUAUUGGCCAACUAAAGACAAAGCAAUGAAUGUAGGUCCAUGUGAAGUCUCUCUUUUAGAGGAGAAAACAUAUGCAUUUUACAUUGUUCGAAAAUUGUCAGUUCAGCGAAAAAAUACAAAAGAGAGGAGAGAAUUGACCCAUUUCCAUUACACUGCAUGGCCUGAUCAUGGUACGCCAGAAGAGAUCGGUCUUAUUCAUUUCCAUAACGCUGUUACAAAGGGAAAACAUCCUGAUGACAUACUAUUAGUCCACUGCAGUGCGGGAGUCGGCAGAACAGGUACCUUUAUUGGUCUUGAUUCUUUGCUGAGACAAGGGAGAGAAACAGGGCGGAUCAACGUUUUUGAUUAUGUAAAACAAAUGAGAGAGGAUCGUAUGACCAUGGUUCAAACACCAGAGCAAUACAUAUUUUUACAUAAAGCAUUGCAAUGUGGCUUCCAAGGAAAAGGAAUUGUAAUCUCUGCGGUAGAUUUGCAAUCCAAAGCGGAAGAAUUACUGAAUGACAGUUCACCACUGAAUCAAAGACCUUUAUACAAAGAAUUUAAGUUAUUAUCAACCCUGAAACCAUUUUACAAUGACGAGGAGAAAAAUGAUGCAAGGAAGGCCGAAAAUAAAGCAAAAAAUUUCAGCGACGAAAUUUUGCCCAUUUCCAAGUUCAGACCAUAUUUGACAUCGUACGUGAAAGGGAGAAAUGAUUAUAUCAAUGCAGUUAUCAUAGCGACUUUUACUAACCUUAGGGGAUUUAUAUUAACCCAAAAACCUCUUCCUGAAACAGAUGUUGAUCUUUGGAGAUUGUGUAUCGACCACGAAGUGGAUGCAUUAGUGAUCCUGACAGACAAUGACGAAGAAAUCACCCUACUUCCCAAGCGUGGACUCUCCAAUUCAUGUCCUCCAUUCAUCCUAACCACCGGAAAUAGUGGGAGCACGAUUAAUGGAGUCUCGCAAGAAACCCUUUCCAUGUCAAACAAUGAACACAAAAGAGAUGUUGUUGUCUUUGUAAUACCCUCUGAAAACGAUGUUUCUGUGGUGAAAGGAACAGAGUUGUUGUUAGAAAAACAGAAAGCGUCAACAUCUCCUGCAGUUGUCAUUAGCAAGAACGGUGCUGGAUCAGCUGGGGUAUUUUGUGCAUUGUAUAAUGCUAUGGAAGAGCUCCAUUUGGACGGUGUAGUGGACAUGUUCACUAUUGUCCGACAAAUUCAGUAUAGGAGACCAGAGAUGUUUACCAAUCUAGAAGAAUACAGACGAUGCUAUCAACUGGUAUCCUUCUUUGUUUCUUCUGAGGGAAUAUAUGCCAAUAUGUAGAUACUGUUUCACAAUUUACAUGAUGUAAAUGCAUAUAUGUGUGUAUUUUUCCUUAGAAUAGCUACAGUGUAAAAGCAUAUCAUUUAUUUAAAGGGAAUCUACUGCAUGUCAUCUUUUCUGUUUUUCCCCCUUUUU